GGAAAGUUGGAAGAAGAAAAAAUGGUAGACGCAGUGACCAAGAAAACUCUAAGUAAUAUUCCAUUACUCAAAACUAAAGCAGGGCCAAGGGACAAGGAUCUAUGGCCAGCGAGACUGAAAGAAGAAUACCAGUCAUUAAUUAAGUAUGUGGGGAACAACAAGGAAGCGGACAAUGAUUGGUUCAGACUCGAGUCUAAUAAAGAUGGCACAAGGUGGUGGGGGAAGUGCUGGCAUAUACAAAAUCUCUUGAAGUACGAGUUUGAGCUGGAAUUCGACAUCCCUGUAACUUAUCCUGCUACGUCGCCGGAGAUAGCCAUUCCAGAGUUGGAUGGGAAGACGGCCAAGAUGUACAGAGGAGGCAAGAUCUGUCUUACCGAUCACUUCAAACCUCUGUGGGGAAAGAACGUUCCAAAAUUUGGCAUUGCACAUGCCAUGGCAUUAGGGUUGGGUCCGUGGCUGGCGGUGGAGAUUCCUGACUUAAUAGAGAAAGGAAUUGUGGUUCAUAAAGAAGGCGGAGCUGCAUCAAAUUCAUAACGUUUACAUCAGUGCAUAGAGUAGAACUUUAUUACAUCACAGCUUGCAUGACAUCUAGAGGGCAAUCUAUCCCGACAAGGCUUGCAUCAAAGAGGACCUAUGAAUUUCAACUUUUUCGUUGAUUCUACGUCGAUUUUCGCCAAGUGUUUUGAA